AUGAUCGCCGUGCAUGGUUUAAACUAUCGAAGCAAGAAGGAUACCGACCACGCUUGGGAUACGUGGCGAACGCCUGAAGGAUCGUCAGGACAUCUCUGGCUCCGUGAAGACCUCCCCAAAGACCUUCCCGAUUCUCGAGUCUUCCUAUAUGAAUACAAUGCCACAGCCGUGUAUGGAAAAGACCAAAGCACAUUCAUGGACAAAGCGACCGAAUUCCUCGAGGCGAUAAAAGUUGAAAGGGAAGGGUCUGAAUCCAGGCCGAUCAUCUUCUUGGGCCACAGCAUGGGCGGGCUGUUGAUCAAGCAGGCGCUGAUCAACGCACACAACAACCCACUCUACACGCUCAUCAAGGACGCCACCAGUGGGCUCGCUUUCUUUGCCACACCACAUCAUGGCGGCAGCGAGCCGCUAGUCAGCCUUGGGAAAAUAGUUACCAAACUUGCGAAAAUAUCAGGAUUCCAGAAAGGAGAUGAUGUUAUGAACACGUUGAAAGGUGGCAGCAUUUUCUCCGACAUCAUCCAAGAGCACUGGAAAAAUCAGCAGCAGAAUUACGACAUUAUCUCCUUUUGGGGUGGUCUUGAUGAAGUGGUCCCAAAGGAGAGCGCUGUGUUGGGUCUGUCGGGUGACCUUGAGAAAGUCGUGAAACUAAAUGCAAACCACGGCGGAUGCGAAGCAACAUUGUGA